UCGACGUGUAGCGCCGUGAUCUGGGGAGCCGAGUGUGCAGUGUGAACGUGUAUUUGGGGGUGUCAAGGCCGAAGGAACCGCUGUUUUAUCGGCAUAUCUUUGAGGCGGAGAGGCCCCUUUGGCGUCGGUCCCGUCGGGAGAAGUUUCACGAUUAUUUCGAGGUCAAGUGAGGUCAAAGGUCACCGAUGGGUUCCAGCCCAGGUCGGAAGAAAAGGGUUAGAAUGUCGCUCUGGAUCAAGUUGACCAGACUCAUCAACCUGUUUCUUGGCCUUGUACUUGCAUUGACAGCCUACCUGCAGAUUGUCCGGGAUCAUGCAGUCAUUUGGGUGCCCGUCUUCCUCGUGCCUGCCGCAGUCACCUUUAUUACAGUUGCCAAACCACAGGCUGCAGAACGGCUGGAGGUGAAGGCGGUGGUGUCGCUCCACAUCGGCUCCUGCCUCAGCCUGCUGGUGUACGUGGGGACUCGGCUGGUGAAGAACAUGGCCCACGAGAAGACCAUUUUCCUCAUGUUCGAGAGCACGCCGGGGGAAAGGAAUUCUUAUAACCCGCUUCAUUAUAAGGAAGGAUGGGAAAUCAUGUCGGUUUUAAUGGUGGUUGGCUGGCUCAAGUUCCUCACUAUGACGACCAGGGAACACCUCAGGGAGUCGGGAGUCUCCGCCGUCGAGGUGUCCCCCGACAGGAUGCUGAGGACCGUCUUCGUCAUGAUGGCGGUGGCGGGCGUCCUCAUGGGCUUUUGGCACGUGGACAGCCUCGUGCCCGUCGCCAGCCGCAUCGCCAGCCUCGCCCGCACGGUGCAUGGCGUCAUGAAUGAUCCUAACCCGCCCAUCUUCAGUAACGUGGCUCGGCCGCAGGGGCAUGAGGCUUUACGACAGAGCGCCCUUGGUCGAGCGGUCGAGUCCCCCAGCUGGCGGUCGACGCGGUGGCCUGAGACUCGACGGCGCCUUGACAAGAACGAGGGAGCGCGGGACUCGGUCGGUCGGCCUCGGCAGUGCGACGCAGAUCAGGGAGCAGAGAGGUUGUGUGCCAGGCGUCCUCUUACGCUGUCUCGAGGGGGGAGGUUCCUCGUCGUCACCACCACAGUCAGCAACAGCCUGCCCUUCGACCAGCACGCCAGCUGGACUCUUCUGUUAGUGUGUCUGGUGCACUGUGUGUGUCGUGUUGAUGUGGUCACGCCAGAGAGAGCGUCCGCGGAGGCAGUGAGAGUAUUGAUGAGUGCGGCCGACGCCCCUCUGGGCCCGGGCCGCCCCCGUCCACAGCAGGCCUCGUCGUCCUCCCGUCUUCAGGACCCGUGGGUCCCCCGCGCCGACGGAGGGGCGAGCGUAGCCUCUCGCUCGCCGUCGCCGUCGGGCACCGCCGCCCCCCGCAGCGUCUUCUUCGACACGAUCGCCACCAACCGGGCCCGGAGGGGCGACGCGAGGCAGGCGUCCGCGUCGGCGCACGGCGACCUGGGCGACGUGGUGCUCUUCCUGCAGGGCGCCGAGCAGACCGCGGGUACGAGGCUCGACCACAGUAAGUCCAAGGCCGGGAAGAAGCACGCCCAGCGGCACGCGCAGCGGAGGGCGGAGCAGAAUCAGGAACUGGUGCAAGUCGAACAACAAAUUCAGCAGCUGCUCCAGCAGCAACAGGCCCAACAGCAGAAAAUUCAGCAGGACGGAGCAAGGUAUCAACAGCUUCAGAAACAAUAUCAGCAGAUAAGCGCGCAGCUACAAAAGCAGACGCAGGUUUUCCAGACGUUGCAGCAGCAGUAUUUAGAUUUCAAUCAGCGGUAUCGACAAAAAAGGCGGCUAACUCCUCAACAGCAAAGUCAGCAGCUGCAAUGGCAACAGUAUUAUCAAUAUAAAAUCAGCCAUCAGCACCAGCAAGUCCAACAGAUAGGGCAACAACAGGCUCAGACACACCAGCAACUAGUGCAGCUCUACCAGCAAUUGCAGCAGGAACAACAGGCACAACAGCAGCUACAGCAACAUUUGCAACAACAACUACAACGACAAGAACAGCUCCAAAAGCAACAAGAACAGCAAGAGCAAGAGCAGCGAGAGCAGGAACAGCGAGAGCAAGAGCAGCUGCAGCCGCCGCGGAGGCAGAGUCCCCGCCCGACCUCCCCGAAGGCCGACGCCGGGCAGCCGCGGGCCGGAACCUCGUUCGACGGCAUCAACGACCUCCUUCGCAAUGUGCUAACCGCGGAGGACGAGGACGAGGAAGGGGACGAAGAGGGAGAGCACGUCGUUGAUUUAGUGGAACUGUUAGAAGAGGCAGAGGAGGAAGAAGAAGAAGAGGAGGAGGAGGAGGACGAAGAGACUCAGGUAGACCAAGAAGAUCUGAAGAACAAAGUAGAAGAGUGCGCAGCGCAGAUCCGAUCGCUGAGCACGGACGACCUAGUAAGUAGUGACUUGGAAGUUGUGCCUCGCGUGCGCCGAGCUUCCUUGUGCCUCAGCAAAGGGCCCUCACACCUGAACGUAGGGCCCUCCUUGACGCACCUAGGCCCGAGCGGCGUACAAAAAGGCCCCGCCCACCUGAACAAAGGUCCAGGGCGCCUCAACAAAGGUCCCAGGUACCUGAGCAGAGGGCCGAGCAAACUGAGCAGAGGGCCACAAGACCUGAACGUCGGGCCGGCUCGCCUGAACGUCGGCCCUUCGGACUUCCACUUCGGCCCUUCGGAUCUGCACAGGGGGCCGUCGGGAGUCAACAGGGGCCCCGGAGUGAACAAGGGUCCAGGCCACAUCAACAAGGGUCCUGCAGGAGAGUAUACCGGUCUUCCUACGCCUUACAAAGGGCUCUCCUCACUGGCCAAAGGUCCUUCCCAAAAGAUCCUAGGCCCGGCUAGCACGCGACGCUCAACGGAAGCCCUUCACUGAG